AUGUCGUCGUUGUCCAGUCGAUUGAAGCACUGUCAACACGAUGCGUUGGAUUUGACUUCCUUUGUGGUACUUCCUAUGGAUGACAAAAGGGACCAAAAUGACAGACAAUGUCAGGAGAUAGGGUCCAUCCCGACCUUCCGGGAUUCCCUUAGUUUUCAAUUGGAUCUCAAGUCUAUCGAGAUCAUGGUCCACUCUUUCUUGAAUGCUCACCUCCAAGUGUAUCCAAGUGAGAUUGAGGAGUUUGCCAAAUAUGCUCGCCGUGAGUUCAAUGAGAUUCUGGACGAGAAAGUCCUGGGCAAAAUCACCCAUCCUAGCAACUUCCAAGACAUUGCCAAGCAAGUCGAGAUCUCUGUGGAGGACAUUGAGACUUCGAAAGUGAAGAAAAAGGACCAACUGGAAUACCAGCUGACAUUGAACGGUCAAACCAAAGUGUGCGUUUCCGACAAAAGAGGCGGCAGUGAUGUCAAGAGGCUCUUUCUCGAUUGCUUGGAAAAAGAUAUCUUGAAGAUCAUGGUCCACAAAUAUGGCCAUGAAGGGAUCAAAUUUGUGGGACAGGCAUCGUUGCCCCUGGCCGAUGUGUUUGGAUUGGGAUCGCAAACGCUUGCAAUUACAAACACCAACCAUCAACGUGUGGGUUCCAUAGUGGUCCAAUCCCAAGUUGUCUUCAGGGAUUGUGAUUACGCCAAGAACCUCGUCAAACAAAUGGUGUCCGACUCUUGGAUGGCCGAAAUAUGCAAAGUCGUGGGAAUGAAAAGAAAUGCACCUCGUUGUACAAUGGAUUCGUCGGAGGCUCAGGCCGUUAUCCGAAUCGAGGAAGAGGGGCAGGUAUCUAUGUCCAAUGCACUGACGACCGUGAUCAAUAUGAAUGGCGAGGAAUAUCCAAUGGAUGCUAAUAGAAAUUUGGACCUGGAUUGCACGGGAUUACCCAACUGUCGCUUGCGAUUGGAGUGCCGGGAACAGGAUCCCAAUUCUAGUCCCUUGAAAAGCAACGAUUCUUCAUUCUUGAGCCUCAUGGGAUUGUCCUUGAUCAGUUCCCCAAAUGGUUCCUCAAAUGCCAGGAUGGUUUUUCAACAGACCAUUGACCCUCAUGCGAUUGGCAUUCGUACUGGGCUUCAAGUGACGCAUGCAGGUUUAAGUUGGAACAUUCGGUGGAUGGAAUUGAGCAAAUCCGACAAGAUUUCAGCCUCCAAUGUCGAAGAAGCUCUCAUUGCUAUGACCUUGGACCAGAUCCCCGAGAAUGAUUGGGAAGGCUGGAAUGGAUCGCUCAUUCCUAGCUACUAUUGUAUUGAAACCCUUCUUCAUUCGGUUUGCGGUUCUCAUCGAUUUAGAUCUGUUAAGGAUCAUGCCUUGCUGAGGGUUCACGCCACAAAAACCUUCAACUUUAAUCUGGUCCAGGAUGUCUUGUCGAGAGUCGGCCUUUCUUCAGGUGACCAAGACGUGGUCAUUUCGUUGGUCCAGAACAUUGGAGAGUACCUGGCCGGAAUAGAGUUUCAAUCAAAGAUCCCGGUAAAAAAUGUCAAAGGGUGUGGUGCUUGCUUGGACUUGCUAAAAGAGAACAAGGACCUAUUGGAGUUAUUCAGAACCACAUAUCGAAGAGCCUACAAAUCUAAAAUUGCUCCAUUAAUGGAAACAAGAAGUGUCGCGGAACACAGGGAUUUUCUCUUGCAACAUACGAUCCCAAUUCUGGAGGUGCAAAUGAAUUCACCGGGAAACUUCAUGAAUCAUCUUUGGGCCACGAUUUCCUCAGAGUGCAUCUUUGAGUGUUUCUUGCCCACAUUGGAAGGUCUUCAUCUUACCGGGGCUUCGGGGGAAGUCUCCUUCGAUAUCUUCAGGGCCCUUCGACGUCUUCAGCACCUCCAGCCUGAGUUCCAAGAUCGCGUGUUCCAGGUGUUCAAGCCUUGCAUUGAUUUUUGGGUCACCACCAUUGAGAUGAAAGGCAUGGAACAAGUAGAAAAAGUUCUCCAAUUUGAGCGAGCUCUUCAUGACAAUCAGAAUUGGACCACUUUCUGCAAGUCCGACUCGGAAUGGUUUGAAGGGGCCCAAGAUGUCAAAGGGAUUCUCAUCUCCUGCAUGACCACAUGGGAACAAUUGGAUUGGCCCAAUUUGGAGGUCCAAACUCAGUUCGGCCUGAACUUGGUUCAGAAGCUUUGUUCCAUUUUUGACCACUAUAUCAACUCUCUGUUCGAGAUUGUGUUCGCUGACCACUUUUUCGAUAAACACGAGUUGGUCAUUAUUAUCUUCACCUUGUCUUCUUGGGCUGAAUAUUUGGACCAAAUCAAUGGGAAAAUUAGCCGGAUCUGUCAGGAUCUGGAUUGGACCUCGCCCACCUCCAAGAGUCUGGCUAUCAAUAUGGAGCAAUUCAAGGCUACCUUGGGAACAGCCAAAUUCCAAGUGUCGGAAAAGGCCCUCAGGUUCAUCGAUGAGUUUUUUGUGGGUGAGAAGACGCUCAUCAAUGCCUUUGGGAAGGCUGGCAAGCUCUUUGAUGACUCCGACUCCGAGGACUGCCUUCUUGGAUACAUCAAUAGAGAGUUGGAAUUUUUCAACGAGUACCUCAAAUUCGAUACCGAAAUCGUGACCAAAGCGUACAACCAAAACAUUUGUCAAAGGUACUUUAACUUGGCUGAGGAGAAUUUCCAAGAGCAAUUCGUCAAAUUGAAGCUCAAAAGCCGUCUGAAAGGUAAUACGGAGAUUUUCAAGCCCUUCCUUCAAGCCCUGGAGGAGCUGAAGGCGUUUGAAACUAACUUGGGGAUCACGCCAAGCCCACCAUUGUCAGAAAUCUACAAGGAAGUGAACACCACGUUCACUCCUAGCGCCAAGCUGGUGUCCAAACAUCUUCAAAAGAUCCAUGACAUCCUGGAGGAGGAUCCCAAGGAUCCCCUGGGAACCAUCAAAUUCUACGCACAUCGGUAUGAAGCGUCAGAAGGCAGUUGGUCCGUCGAACUCGAGUUUGUAGCCUUGACGGAUAUCAAGGCCAGAAACACGAGUGAAAGGACGUUCAAAAUGCUCCAUUCCCGAGGGGCAAAUAUCCGGCUGAUGAUCAGCAUUCCUCCUUUAAGCACCGAGAAGCAUCCCUUGCGCAAAGCGACUGACAUCUAUGUUGACAUGAAGGACAUCCUUUUCGGGUUUAAGAGCGGCACCCCGCAUCGAUUCAAGUUUUGCAUUCCCCAGAAGGCACCGAUCUCAUCAGAUCUUGGGUUUGUUCUCAUUGAAAUGUUUGACCAUUCCUCCAUGAAGACCCACAAGUACUUCCACGGAAUGACCUUGAUCCCCCUAAGCGAUAUUCCAGUUAGCACGGACCGCAAUCAAGAUUGUGUUCGUACCAUGACUUUCCAAAGGGUGCCAAAGAGCGAGGCUUCUUUGCAAUGGAGCGAGUUUGUAGCCUUGAAGCAGAGGAAGGAUUGGACCGCCAAGGUUUACACCAAGCGACAUGAGAAUCGGGUAUUCUCUCAUAAAAAGAUUGUCGAACUUGUGGCGUCGGAUAUCAAGUGGAUCCAAACUCUGGAUGAGGAAGAGGAUGAAAGAAAAUGAGGGUGACCACCAACUCCACAUGUCAGAAUAAUGCCACAUGAUGUGCUAUCCAAAUACCAUAGAAUUUCCGACGUUUGUCAUCAUAAUAUAUUUUUGCUAUGAACA